AUGGGGUGGCCAGUCCUGCUGCUGCUGGUGGGUCUCGCUAGCGCUGCACCAGAUUGGCAGGACUCGGGCUGGGGGUCCCAUGCCACCUCCAUCAUAAGCGUGUCCAAUGGGGGCCCAUGGGGCGACUGGGCCUGGCCAGAGAUGUGUCCCGAGGGCUCCUACGCCACUGGCGUCAGCUUCAAGGUGGAACCGCCGCAGGGAGUCGCAGGGGAUGACACGGCACUGAAUGGCGUCCGGCUCUUCUGCUCCCCACCAGGGGUCAGUGGCACCUCCUCCACGGUGGAGUCGCAGAGCGGCAGGUGGGGCCGCUGGUCGGAGCCCCGCUGGUGUCCCCACCGAGGGCACCUGGUGAGCUUCGCCCUGCGGGUCCAGGCGCCCCGGCGCCGGCUCCUGAGCGAUGAAGUGGCCGCCACAAACGCCCGCUUCGCCUGCUCGGACAAGCACGUCCUGGAGGGACCAGGCACCGAGCAGGGCGAGUGGGGUAGCUGGAGCCCCCUCUGUCCCGGGGCUGUGUGCGGCAUCCAGACGCGUCAGGAGUCUCCAGGGGGGCUGCAAAGUGACGACACCGCCCUGAAUGACCUACGUCUCCUCUGCUGCAAGAAGUGA